AAUGUUCAUUCAAUUCAGGUUAAAAAAAAUCUCUCUGAAGAUCCGUUUUCUGACCACAAACUCUUCUGUUGUCCUUCUCAGGUACAGCAUCGUGUCUCCUGAUGAGGAGGGUCUGAAGUUCUCCACCCUCGGCCUCCACAACGGCCACGGCUCAGGACGGCUUCACUCCCCCAGUGGAGAGGCGGGCCCAAGCACGGCAUCGACGGUGAUGAGGACCGGCUACAACGGGAAGAUUUCCACGUCCGGCCGCGGCCAGCUGCGGAGCCGCUUCGUCAAGAAGAAUGGCCAGUGCAAUGUGGUCUUCACCAACAUGGACGACAAGCCGCGGCGGUACCUGGCGGACAUCUUCACGACGUGCGUGGACAUCCGCUGGCGGUACCUGCUGAUGAUCUUCUGCUCCACCUUCUUGUUCUCCUGGCUCGUGUUUGGCUUGAUCUUCUAUAGCGUGUCUUUAGCGCACGGAGACUUCGAUAAAGAUCGCGAGAGCAGCAGAAAGCCGUGGAAACCGUGUUUGCUGCACGUUGAGGGUUUCGUCGGCGCGUUCCUGUUCUCAAUCGAGACCCAAACUACGAUUGGUUACGGCUGGCGCUGCGUGACCGAAGAGUGUCCCAUAGCGAUCGUAACUGUGGUGCGUGUUGCACAUCAUUAUAAUGUUGUCGUAUGGUUUUGUGUUGGACUCGUCCAGCUCAUCCCGCUGGAACAUAUGGAUUUGAACGUGGGCUACGACGAAGGUACAGACCGCCUCUUCCUGGUGUCGCCACUAGUAAUCGUACACGAAAUCGACGAGGACUCGCCGCUUUGGGGAAUGAGUCGGGCAGAUCUCGAAUCGGACGAUUUCGAGAUCGUAGUGAUCCUGGAGGGAAUGGUGGAGGCGACAGCAAUGACCACGCAAGCGCGUAGUUCGUACCUUUCCCGCGAGAUCAUAUGGGGUCACCGCUUUGAGCCAGUCAUCUUCGAGGACCGCGAUCGCUACCAAGUCGAUUACGCGCAUUUCCACAAAACCUAUGAGGUUCCCUCGACGCCCGCCUGCAGCGCUAAGGAGCUGAGCGAACGGACCGGGCGCCGCUCAUCCGGGUCGUCCCGCUCCGUGACGCUACUCCCGCCGCACUCACCCAGCACCUUCUGCUACGAGAACGAGGUGGCGCUGUGCUGCGGAGAGGACGAGGACGAGCUGGAGGUCGCUCCCACAGACUUACAGAAGAUGUUCCAGGAUUCGGCCACAAUGACCUCCGGAAACAACAUGCUCUGCGUGUUAGACAUGGACAACCAGAUCGAGUUUGACAUCCUGCAGACUGCAUUACCACUCGACCCCAUGACUUAUAAGAACGAAUCCGAGAUAUGACGUUCCCACAAGUACAUGCGUUUAUUUAUACAUAAAUGU